AUGGCAGCUCGCUCCGCAGCGAAGCCCAAUAAGCAAGAUCUAACCAAGCUACGCUAUCAGAGAUACUUUGCAGACACCAAGAAGCCGGAUGACACGACCCUUCCCGGCACGCCGCCGAAGAUCAACCUCGACGAUGUUACGGCUGAGCCCAUAACCACGCCGGUGAACCCAUCGACAGAUCCCAUUGCGACGAUACCUCUAGAGAAUAUUCCUAGAGAGCCGCCUUCACCAGAAGAAGUGCAGGCUACGCCGCCAGAGUCAGUGGAAGCUACGCCGUCCGAGUCAGUUCAUACUACGUCGUCGGAUUCAGUACUAGCUACACCACCACCGUCAACCUCCACACCUCCAACUCCGUUACCGCCUACGGGGACUGGUACAUCGAGCGUCGCCCCUCCGCCGUCUGGGUCACCACCACCUCCACCCCCAGCUCCGAAGCGGAAACCGCGUCGCUUCCGACGAUUUCUCACGGCGAUGCUCAUUCUGAGCGCGCUUGGAUACGGCGGCUCCGUCUAUAUGGCCUUGGUCAACGACAACUUCCAUGACUUCUUCACCGAAUACGUGCCCUUCGGCGAAGACGCCGUCGCAUAUUUUGAAGAGCGCGAGUUCCGCAAGCGUUUUCCAGAGAAUACAACGCCAAGACGGCACGAAGUUAGAGACGACAACAAGGUCAAGAUACCGAGCAACAGCGGGCUGUCAUCGAGGGUCACGGGAGAAUCGGACCCCAAUAAAGCGGAUCUGUUGUCGAAGGGUCGCCAUGUCAGCGCGCUAGAGGACAACAAGAUUGCCAAGGAGCAGGCCAAACAGAACCCUGAGCAGGCCAAGCCGAAGGAUACGGUGGAUUCGGGCGGCAUCUCGGCGGAUCCCAAGAAGGACAAGGAUCCGGCACCCAAGAAGGAGCCGGCGAAAUCACCUAGCGAGAAGCCGGCGCCAAAAGACAAGAAAGAUCCGGGCCCAUCGAAGCCUGAGCCCAAGCCCGCCGCUGAGCCUGCCAAACUUCCCGCCGAGCGUCUUAAUGCUGCAUCCGAACCUAACAAACUCUCCACUGAGCCCUCUAAGUCUGCUGUCGAGCCUCCUAAACCAGCCGCCGAACCUCCCCAGCCAGCUCCUGAGCCGCCCAAGCCAGUUCCAGCAGCCCAGAUCGACAACUUGAAGGUGGAGGGUGCGGAUGAACCUGUCGUCCAAGAAGUUGUUAAAAUUCUCAACGACAUCAUCACGGUGGUCAACGCAGACAAUGCUGGAAGCAAGUAUUCCUCCACCAUCGACAAAGCAAAGGGCGAGCUCGGAAAGGUCCUCAGCGACAUCACCACCAUGAAGGCGACCAUCAACAAAGAGGCCGAAGACAAGAUCCGCGCAUCGCACACGGAAUUCGAUGCCGCCGCCAAGGAGCUGAUGCGCCGGCUUGAAGCCGAGAUGAAGGAGCAAGAAGCGCGCUGGAAGGACGAAUACGAAGCCGAGCGCCAGAAGCUGUCCGAGACGUACGACAACAAGCUCCGCAGCGAGCUGGACACGACGAAGAAAGUCCACGAGCAGCGCCUGAAGAACGAGCUCCUCGAGCAAGCGAUAUCUCUGCAGCGCCAGUGCACCGAGUCCGUCCGCGACCGCGUCGAGACGGAGCGCGGCGGCCGGCUAAGCAAGCUCGACGAGCUCUCCUCCUCCGUCGCUGAGCUCGAGAGAUUGACAGCCGAGUGGAACUCAGUGGUCGAUGCCAACCUGAAGACACAGCACCUCGUCGUCGCCGUCGAGGCCGUGCGCAACGCGCUCGAAGCCGCCGAUCGCCCUAAGCCGUUCGUGGACGAGCUAGUCGCGCUGAAGGAGACCGCACGCGACGACCCGGUCGUCAAUGCAGCCAUCGCCAGCAUCAACCCGAGCGCAUACCAGCGCGGCAUCUCCACGACGUCGCAGCUGAUCGACCGCUUCCGGCUCGUGGCCCACGAGGUCCGCAAGGCGGCCCUGCUGCCCGAGAACGCGGGAGUGGCGAGCCAUGCCGCGAGUCUGCUGCUGAGCAAGUUCAUGUUCAGGAAGGAUAAGGGUGCUAUCGGGCUGCCGGUGGGGAAUGAUGUUGAGUCUGUGCUUGCGAGGGCGGAGCUGCUGCUUGAGGAGGGGAAUGUGGAUCAGGCGGCUAGAGAGGUGAAUCAGCUGCAGGGGUGGGCGAAGGUGCUGUGUAGGGAUUGGCUUGCGGAGGCGAGGAGGGUGCUUGAGGUUAAGCAGGCGCUGGAUGUCAUCACGACAGAAGCACGUCUGCAGAGUCUGCUGGUGGACUGA